AUGCCCAGUAUAUUUCGAAGAACUCGUAGAAUGUCGGAAAGUAUCAUCACCGACAAUACCAAUACUACUACCAACCCUCAAAUACCUCAGAAAACCAUGACGAUGGAUCGACCAGCUAUGGAAGAAGAAAUGAGAAAAGCAGGUUGGUCUGCAGCUCGUAUCAAAGCUUUUUUCAAAUCUAAUGGUUUUGAAGGAAAGUUUAGUUUGAGAAGAAGGAAAAGUAUGGAAGUAUCACCACCUGCUUCAUCACCUGAAGAUAUCAUCAAUACAACUAGUCCUAUCAACCCGACUACUCCUAUCAACAUCACUACUUCUCUCAACCCUACCACUUCUGAUGGUCCCACCAUCCUCGGUUCAACACCCACCCCACUUAACGGUACACUCUCCCCUCCUGUGAGAAAUGGCACUGGGACCACAGCUCGAAAUAUCAAUCAUACUCCUCGUUCAUCCAUCACCCAAAAUAUAUUUCCCUCUCCAAAACGAUACCCUGAAAACUUUUCUCUUGGGAGAACCACCUCACCCGAAGGUAAUGAUCACGCCCGAAGAGCCAGUUGGACACCAUCUUACCCGAUCAGAGUACCGAGUGACGGAUACGCCGACGUCGCCCCGGAUGGUCAUACAGUGCCGAAUGGGAAAAUGGCGGUAUCGCCCAUCGUACCCGGUACAACGGAUGAAAAUGCCUUACGGAGAUCACAAGCACCAUCAGAGGGAUUCAAGGGAGAUUUAGGGAAUGAUAUGAUACUUGCUCCACCUUUAACUACAACGCCCCAUAAAUCUCCCGAGGAUACCCUACCCACUCCUCCAACAUCUGCCAAUCCCCCGAUCAGAGAAGAUUUGAAAGAUGUCAAUUCAAUCAAACCAUCUCUCAACAUUCAGACUCCUCUCUCGACAAUACAGAAUGAACAUAGAUCGUCCAUCGUAGCGACAAAUAUCACCAAUUCCCCUAUAUCUUCCAAUGUGACACCCUCCACCUCCACCCCUUCAUCGCCCCAAACAUCCAAAGGAGAUAAGAGAAGACCUGACAUACCUAUAAGACGCACGACUCUGAUCUCUUCCCCACCCAUGCCGCAGCCCAUCAAAAACCUUCCCACACUUGCCAACUUGUCCGGUUACUCAUCUCCCAACAUUCCGGGUCCGUCCUGGGGCUCAUUAGCCAAGGAAGGUGGACCUAAAACGCCUGGUUGGGGAGGCCUCAUGUCACCCGCUCUACGCAACGAGGCAGGUACGAGUUCCAACGGGUUUCCCUUCGGUGGAGGCGUGUCUGGGAUUAUGCAUGGGACUAAUAAAGGUCAAGAUAAAGGUCGCAUGUCAGAGGGAGAACUGAGAAAAGCUAAGCGUGCCAUGCCUGUGAUGCUACGUGAACCCUCCUUUCGUCCAGACGGAGACGAGGGAGGAGAUGUCGGCGCGGAUGAAGACCAAGAUGACGAUGACGACGAGAGCGAAACGGAGAUGGAGUUGCAGGGCGGUCAGGAUGAUGAUUCCGAAGCGGAAACUGAGACAGAACCCGCCGUGGUCAAGGGUAGAAGGAGCUUGUUAUCGACUAAGAAAGGUAAGGGGAAAGGAAAGAGGAAGGUGACUGUCAAGGGGGUGCCAAGUAGGACCAUGGGCGCUGUCAAAGAGGAGGAAGAUGCCCCAUCGAAUUCAGCCAACACGCUCAUCGCUGCAAGACGUAAAGCCCCUUCUCCUCGUUUAGGUGAAAUCCCCAAACCAGCUCCUUCCAUCUCCACUUGGUCUUUACCUACACCCAAACAACGUCCAGCCCAUGCUCCUUUCGGCUCAUGGACUCAGUUCGCCGCGGAGACACCCGGCACGUCUCUUCAGACCCCACGUCCAAACCCUGCCUCACGAGGGACGUCAGAUUACAGUUCGGCACCGUCUUCGGAAGGUUAUUUUGAUUCUCAGCCUAACUCUUCGUCUGUCAGCGUAACUUCACCCACAACACAGCGAAAUUUAUCAUUUGCCAGUGUGUCAACUUCCGGUCAAAAUGAAUCGUCACCUGUCAAACUUGCGGCUCCUCUCGUCCAACCGGACUCUACGCCUGUUGCAGUUCAGACAAAUGAAGUUCCUAUCGCGCAGCCUCAAUCACCACCUCAACCUGGUGUGGUAGGUUUAGGUCUAGGACCAGUAUCGGUAUCCACACCAGAUGGACCUCAAAUCAUCGUCCGAACUGCUUCUCAUUCCGUACCCCAGUCACCGUCGACGUCGGAACGAGACCGACCCGUGGCGGAGGAUGGCUCAUCUUCUGGAUUAGAAACGACUCCACCCUCUGUGCCGCAACGCACUCCUCCCAUGCCCGACCAGGAAGGCGACAGCGAAGAAGACGAAAGUGAAAACGAUACCAAUGACGGAUCCGAAGAAACCUCUACCAUGUCACAUGAUCCUCCUGAUUCCACAACCCAACCGUCUUCUCCAAUGUCAUCGGGAAAACGACCAUGUCUAUACACUCAAGUUUCCCGAUCUAUGAUAGAUGUCCGACCUGGAGGUUCAGAAAUGCCAAUGGGUUCUAUGCCAUUGACUGUUAUGGGAACGCCACGGUUGGAAACUAUUCGAUCGAGAGAAGCACCAGGUAAAAUUGAUAUACCUCGUAAUCCAAGUUUCCCCAAUGUGGAACAACAUCAGGUAUCGUCUCCAGGAUCGGAAUGGGCUAAACCGCCACCAACCCCAGCGGCGGGGUUGACAACUCCUUUCUGGGGGAAACGAGAGAAAGAUAUGCCUUCUAUUCCCGGAUUAAAGAGGAGAAGAUCGGCAGAUGAUUUGGUUUUGGCACCACCGAAAUACGAGCCUCCGUUCCCGGGCACUUUUGUGCCUAGACCGAGGGAUGAAGAAGGGAUGGAGAAAUUGCCGGGGUAUUGGUGUGCUUCCGUGAAUGGGGUGUACGGUGCAGCGCUCAUCGAAUUACAGGUUCACAUUGAGGGUCUGCUCCAACGUAAGAUGGAAUUCUCCUCCCCCGGAGUACAAUCAAGAGAUCGUAGUUGGAAAAAGUUAUAUUUCAUCCUUCGCGGAACCGCUUUACAAGUGUACAAAUUUGACCCUCAUCGAUUUCCCUUGAAAUCUGAAACCGUUCCUGUGCCCGUCGUGACAGAUAUGGAAUCUGAAGAAUACCUACAUGUUCAUCUUCCCGGAGAACGACGUCCUUCUACAUCACUCACUUUACCUUCAUCCUCUUCCCCACGUCGAGCUUCCAUGUCAACUAGUACUUCAUCCGAUCAACGACGUACACCAUCAUCUACGGACACUUCCAUUCGACGAGGUUCAUUCGGUCACACAUCUGGAUCAUCUUUGACCAUACCUGAUAAUUCAACCUCUCGACGUGCUUCAAUGUCAGCUUCGAAUUCUCCUUUGAAUCCGAAUUUCAACACUGCGGAAAUCAACGGAGAUGGAAAAGAUACAAACUUGUUCAAUUCCAGUAAUUCGUCUGGAAGAAGACAAUCGAACGGUUCUCAAACUGCUUCAAGCGCUUCUUACGCUUCACACGGAUCUUAUGGUUCGACAAGUGGAGGAACUUCUUUAGCUUCUCAUUUUCAACAUAACGCUUUGAUCAAGACAUAUACUUUACAGAAUGCUGAGAGUGGAUUAGCUGCGGAUUAUGUGAAGAGGAAGAAUGUCGUUAGAGUUAGGGCGGAAGGACAACAGUUUUUGCUACAGACUGAUAAUGCUAGAGAUGUGGUUGAUUGGAUUGAGGCAUUCCAAGCAGCUACCAACGUAUCUCUCGACUUGGACCAACGUCCCAUGCCUAAAAUCAUCACCCUCCCCCGUCGACGUCGUAGACGUGUGGUAGGAACCGCAGGGGCAAACGGUACGGCCAAUGGUGUUGCGGCGGCUAACGGGGGGACGGGAUCGAUUCCAGCACCGAAUACGGAGACGACGAGUGAGAGGGAAAGAGAGAGAAUGUUAUUGGAGGAUCAGUUGGCUGCUGCUGGUUGAUAACAAUGUUCGUUUCCGAAGUGUGUAGAGGGACAAAUCGGUUUCUGGGCUUCUACAGUUCAACUUAUGAUGGGAGGGAGGAUGAUGACUCAAUCUGGCAAAGAAAGAUAGAUCGGUGUGAGUGGAGCUUGCCCGCCCAUUUGACAGACCCGUGUCACUUCGUGAGGGAGCUGGGGUUGGUGAGUUGGUAUCUCGCUGGUUAAGCAAGAUUCAUGGAUGGGAGAUCUGAAGUAACGAAGGCGUAAAUGGCGUUGGUGUGUGAUCUGGACAGUGGGUGGGUGAAUGUACAAAUUUGUCGAGUGAAAGUUGAGGGAUCAUAUAGCUAUAUUUUCUAAUAUUUUUGUUCAUUUGUCAUACAAUACACUAAAGUAUCAAAGCAUGCAUCUGGGAUCUGUUUCGU